AGCGAGUAUCAGGACCAUAACUCCGAUACCCGUGCACUGACGGUCGGCCGUCGAAACCACGCCUGCGUGGAUCGCGUCACACCAAUCCUCGCUACCCAACGCGGCCAACCUCGAGAGCCUCGAGCCGCAACCCACACUGUACCUAGCUAGGUAGGAAUCCUUAUGCGCGUUAGCGACGCCGUCAGCGACCUCAGCAGCCUUGCCUAUCAGCUUUGGCCGCCACUCCUGCCAUACAGGUUCGAUAGGAGCCUCCUCCCACCGGCGACCGGCAGCCGCGGUGAGCCGAGCAUCGACGUGCUCACCUACAAUGUUGAGUUCUCUGGCGCGGCUGGCGCGGCCGCGGACCGUGUCAUCGACGCCAUAACGCAGGCCUCGGCCGACAUAGUGCUGCUGCAGGAGACCAACCCGGCGUGGGAGCGGCGGCUCGCGUCGCUCGAGUACCGGCACGUGCAUUACCACCACCCGACCAGGCAGCUCGCCGGCGGGUGUGCCGUCCUGAGCCGCUUCCCGCUCGCUGAGUGCCGCGCGAUAUCCUUUGGAGACGUCGCCGGUUCCGUCUUCCCCGCACUCGCCUGCGCCGUCGACACGCCCGCGGGGGUGCUCCGCGUGGUCAACGUGCACCUCCGCCCGCCGCUCGAGCUAAGCGGAGGCGCCCUCCUCAGCAGCGCGAGAACGACCGCCUCUGUCCGCCUCGGGGAGGCGCGCUCCCUGAUGCGAGCUUGCCCCGACGCCGACCUCGUCGCCGGCGAUUUCAACGAGGCGGACGGGUCGGCCGCCCUCGCCACCCUUGCGGCGGCAGGGUUUGGCGACGCGCUGGCGGAGUGGGUGCCGCGGCGAAAGGAGACGCACCUCUGGCCUCUCGCAAGAGGCCUCACUCUGCGCAAGCGGCUCGACCACGUCGCCUACCGGACCGCACGGCUAGCGUGCGUGGGCUGCGGCGUCCUCUCCGGAUUCGAGGAAGGCGCCUCGGACCACCAGCCCGUGCUGGCGAGGCUCGUGGGCAGGUGAGCGCGGACCCGCGGAGACUCCGCAGAGAGGCGGUAGCUGGGCCUGCGCCCGCCGCCCGCGCGCGAUUCGUGACAUUGUAAUAUGUCUCGUCGAGACGGUACCUCUUACUCGUCUAUCCGUACUCUAGUUCUCGAGAGUGGAGGAGAGACGAGACCCGACCCCGAGCGCCGAGGACUAUAUCACGCUUUCACGCUAUAUUAAAUACACUAUAUUGGUAUCAGU